ACCAGCAACAGCAGUGUAAUGUCUGUCCUCGUGCCUCCCGCAUGGCCAGACCAUUCACCCUCCUCGCCGCCUCAUUGCUGACUGCCUUCCAGUCACUGCGUAGGGGCGCAGCAGGUUCUACAUUACGCAGGCAGCUCUUGGCGAUCUUCGUGGGCGUCCCACUCGUGAUUUCAAUGAUGAUGCUUUACCUGCAUAUUCAACAGGGCGCCGAGAGCAGGCGGCCAACCGCUGCGCCUCGCUCUCUUCCUCUCGAAGACUUUCCGUCGGACUUCCUGAUCGAGGAGGAGGACUUCUGCAGCCGCCAGCGCCCUCGCCUCUUCCUUCUCGCAUAUGUCCACUCCUCCAUCCUCGCGACUCGCAAGCGGUCGCACACUAGGGCGACCUGGGCGGGCGGCAGGGGAUACGGCGUGGGCUUGGGCGUCGUGUUCAUGGUGGGGCGCGCCAGGACCCCGGAGGAGCAGAGGAUCGUUGAGGAAGAAAGUCGUCUCCAUCAUGACAUCGUGCAGGGUAAUUAUACCGACACCUACGAAUUGCUGAGCCUCAAGGCCCUCGCGUCUCUGGCGUGGGUGAGUCGACACUGCUCCCUCGUGCCCUGGACGCUCCACGCAGACGACGACGUGUUGGUGGACCCCUUUCUCCUCACAUCCCUUCUCAGGAGGAGGCUCUCUCGAGAGAAGAACAAGUUCCUUUGUUACCCAUGGAAGGGCUCUAAAGUCCAGCGCCAGGGACGCUGGGCCGUCCAGUACGAAGACUAUCCCGGCGGUACCUAUCCUGAGUACUGUAUGGGAGCUGCCUGGGUAGUGCAGACUCAUGUCAUCCCAAGUCUCCUGAGUGCGGCCGCGCGAGUUCCGUUCCUGUGGGUGGAUGACGUCUACGUCACCGGAAUAUUAGCGCAGGGCGCGGCCGUGAAACACUCGCCAUGGAUGAAGAAGUUCAUCAGCAGGGAAAAUAUCAGUGAAGAGGAUCUUGGAGAGAAAGUGAUUUGGUAUCACCUGGGAGAGGACAGGUCUGCCUGGUGGAAACUAAUUCUGGGUUACCAUGGAUACCACUAGACUUCAGAAAAGUCCUCGUCAAAAAAAAAAAAAAUAAUCAAAUGUAAACAAUUGAUAAUUUAAACAAAUUUACAUCAGUAAACAAGGAGAAACUCUCA